AUGUGUAUGGAGAAAACUCUGUUCGGAGCGCUGCUACGGCCCUGCAACGCGCGAUCCGAAUUAGUCGGGGCUCGAGUACGUCCAUCGGACACCGGAUGGGAAACCACAAAUAGUACUAAUUUGGUGCCAGAGACUCUUUCAGAAGAGAUUCUUGCAAAGAUGGGUGCACCUCAGAAAGGUGAUGCACCAAUCAUUGAACCAAAUGAUCUUGUUGAGGCCGAUGGAUUUAUCUUUGGUUUUCCAACAAGAUUUGGGAUGAUGCCUGCUCAAUUUAAUGCCUUUCUUGAUGCAACUGGCGGUCUUUGGCAAGCUCAGAAACUAGCAGGCAAACCGGCAGGCAUUUUCUAUAGCACUGGUUCUCAAGGAGGCGGUCAAGAAACUACUGUCAAUGGAACAAUUUCUCUGUUAAAGAAUUGUUCAAGUCAUCCAAGAACAUUGUCUAGCUUAGGAAUUGGCUUUACAAAACCAACAAUCCAUAGAGUUGAGCUGUGUAGCGCCCUGACAAUUGGCAAAUCAACAAUUUCUUCUACUAAUGGCAAUACAUCGCCAGUUCAACUAGCCGAUCAGAAUCAUCCAACAAGUGGUAAUUCACGUCCAACCAUACGAAAGUAUGCAGAGAUGGUUGACAGCUAUUACACAACUUGUUCAUCAUGGAUUGAUCUUUGUUCCAAUUGGCUACACGUUUGGAGCUGGGAUGUUUGA